UUGAGAAGUGUACAACUAAGAAAAGCAAGUCGCAUCCUAACAAUAAAAAUCAUAAAACACAAUUCAGUCUAAUAUUAUCUUUACUCUAGAGAAACCCUCUACAGUAAAUUGGUGCCGAAACCCGGGAACGUCCACGUAAAAAAAUAAAAAAAUAAUACAACAACUAAAAUAAAAAAAAUAAUAAAAAGAAGAACAAUGGCGCAACCAACCAGCGAAGCCGAGGUGACCCGUGCCGAUACAAAGGAAGUCAACGCCAGUGAGUUUAGAAAUGUAACGCUUCCAGCUUUUUGGAAAGAGGAACCAAAUUUAUGGUUCGUAAUGUUGGAAAAGGAAUUCACGGCGUACAACGUUAAAUCGGAUGCCGUAAAGUUUUCAGCGGUGMUAAGGAAUUUGGAUACCACGCUGAUAAGAGAGGUACACGACAUCUUAGCAUCCCCCCCCGAGCAAUGUACGUAUACACAUUUAAAGGAAGCCUUAAUACACAGACUAACUAAAUCCGACGAACAACGGCUAAGGCGAUUGUUAAUGGGAAUUGAGUUAGGAGACAAAAAACCGUCCGAACUUUGGAGAGAAAUGAAACGYCUAGCAGGUGAUAGUGUUAGCGAAAAAAUGCUCCUAACGUUAUGGAUGCAAAGGAUGCCAACSAGGAUACAAGAGAUCCUCGCCAUUGCAGACGAAAUUACGUCACCUGCAAAGUUAGCGGAAAUGGGUGACAAGAUCCUCGGGAGAGAGCGUCUGCCGGAAACGGCCGCCAUUACUGAAGCAGCGCCAAUAAGAAGUACCGCUCAAACAACAAUCAACAGCGAGGUAGCGGAAAUCAAGCGGGAAAUCGCGCAACUAACGAAGAAGAUAAAAAACCUAAUGCGCGGCAGAAGAAAGUACCGAAGUUCCCGCGGAAGAUCCCGAAGUCGAAGCCGAUCGUCAAGCAAACACCGAAACAAUGACGGCCUAUGUUAYUACCACUGGAAAUUCGCGGAACAAUCGUGGAA